AUGAAGCAUCUUUUACACAAAUUCGUUCCGGCUGCGAAGACAUGCGUAAGAUGUGCUGCUUACAUAAGCGGUGAUCGAUCCACUGAUGUCUCCUCGCCCCCAAUCUUGCCAAUGGCCACCAUAACAACUUGGCUUCCCUUGGAAUUAUGGGAGCGGAUUAUCGACGAAGUCGACGCAAGUUCAACUCCAGACUCAAGGCAGGCCCUCUACUCCUGUACUCUGGUCUCUCAUGCGUUCUAUAAUCGAGCCCGAUUGCAUACCUUCAAGAGCAUUCGGGUGGGUUUCGUUCGGGAAUGCCACUUCGUUACUUCAAACCGCGCUCUCAUCUUGUGCGAACUCCUGGAAGACAAUCCUGGCCUCGUCAAGUAUAUACGACAUCUCACGGUUAAAGUUUUCCGACAUGAAGACACCCCCGUGAAUGAGCCAGGCAUUGCCGGCGUGGUGACACUGUUGGACUACCUAAGAACUGCUCGAGAUGUUACAAAGGUGGAAUGCUUCACCCUUGAUGCUUACGGGCUUCCCGGUUUGAUCUGGCCGCAACUACCUGCAUUCUUCCGGGCGUCAGUCAUUCACUUCUGUCGCGCGGUACCAAUCAAAUCAUUACAGCUAGUCAUGUUAUACGGAUUUCUCUUUUCUCCCCUUCUGGGUUGCGUCAACAUUGAAGACCUCGGAUUGCAUUAUUCCAUGUUCCACGGGAAUGAGAGCCAGUCGAACCAGCAUUCGGACCAAAAUCCACUUCCCCCUUCCAGCUCCGACAUUACGCCCUUCGCUUUCUCUUUCCCUCAAUUGAAAACGUUGACGGUUAAUGGAUAUAUUAGAAAUCAUGUCUCCGUUGGGUGUGUAGCCCAAAGUGCCGCUAGACAUCCACAAUCGAUGCUGGAAACUGUCCGGGCUGAAGUAAAUGGAGUAGACGAUUUUGCUGCAUUAAUGGCCAUUCUUUUCGGCGCGAAGGAGUCACUAAGAGAGCUGAAAAUCUCAUUUCGCGAUCUCGAACCUCAUGAAAUUGUGAAGCUCGACGUCGGAAGCUUUUGCAGUCUGCUGCAUGUUGUGUCGGAGAAUCUGCUGUCCGAUUGCGCCUCAUCAGGAAAACUGACCACGUCUUUCCGAAUGUUCAAUCCUUCGACACCUUCGUCCUCGAUCAAGUCUAUCACCAUCCGCAUUGAACUGAAUUUCUACAAUGGCGAUAAUCUGGGAGACGUGUUCAGUGGGGACGACUGGUCACUACUGGACCGCUUUCUGACGGGGACGAAAUUCCCUGCUUUGCGAUCAGUGGAAGUUGAAGCGAUGAUUGAUUGGGCAACGGACAGAGGGAAUGAAUUGGACCGACUUUAUCUUGAACAAGCGUUUCGUUGGCGUAUCGAUUCAAGUUUGCCGCUGCUAAUCUCUUCUCCGACCAUUGGUGUCCAUGUUUAUGUAGAUGCUAUUCGUAUGCGAUUCUAG